CUUUAAAUUAAUUAACAGUGAAAAGAUACGAGAACAAGUGCUCCAUAACGUGUUGUUUCAAAGCAGUGACCAUAACAAUGAAGACGCGUUUAAGUGUAUGUUUGCUAGUUGCAAUAUUGACCGGAAUUAGUUGUUUUAAGAACACCUUACCAGAAGCGUUUCCUUUCAUAGCGUUUGUGGAAAGUCGAUAUAAAUGUACAGGUUUUUUGAUAAGUACACAAUACGUAGUCGCUCCAGCAGCUUGCAUAGAUAGGACACAGCCUGCAACAGUGCACCUUGGCUACAGUCGAUUUCCCCACUUCAAACAGAACCUUCUAGAUCCAAAAGGCCUAACGAUAAAAUCCUAUUAUGUAGUUUUCCAUGCAGAUUUUCGCCAAAUAGUCGACAAAUUUUACUUGAACAACAUCGUUCUAAUAAAACUGGCCAAUCCAGUACCAACUUCCGAAAAUAUCCAGCCAGGUAAGCUGAUGAGCAACAAAGAAGUCCAGCAGCUGCAAGAAAAAUCCGUGAACGUCACUGGCUGGAAGCAUUCUUUAAACUCGGAUCUGCUAACCACCCAAGUGCGAAUACGCAACAAAGAUACGUGCAACUACUACUUUAAUACAUUUAUACUGGAAAGCCAGGAAGGCUGCAUUAAGUGGAUGCAUCCUAAAAAUCAGCUGGAUAUUUUGGGAAACGUUAUCAGCCUGGAUGGGAACAUUAUAGGAUUUCAAACAACCACACCGCCAUGCACAGUGAGAGGAGCAGAUUGUUCUGAGACUGACAAGAUUUUAUACGUUUCGUCGUUUUCGGACUGGAUCGCCCAGAUAAUUGAUGAGCCAGCAGCAACGAUUACAAAACAAGAAAGCGAUGAAAGCAGGAAAAGAAUCGAAGAACUCUUAAUUGUUAUUGAAGAAAUGAAGAGCCAGCAGGAAGCAUAUAGAGUACGUCUAAACAAAGCUCUAGAUGCCAUCGACAAGCUUGAACAAACACAAAGCCAAUAUAACAUGUAUCUAACUGAAGACUUCGAAAGCUUUAAAUCAGAAGUCGUUAACAACGAAGCCAAACAGAACGAAAGUAUUUUAUCGUUGGAGGAACAAGUUGCAUCAGCCCGAACUGAGGUCACUAGUGGACUGUCUGCUAAUAAACUCACUGUUGAUAAUUUAAGCAGUCAGCUUAAUGAUUCAAAGGCAGAGAUGAUAAUUCAAGAUGUAAAGUUGAACGAACAAAUCAAAAAUUUAGCAGACGGAGUCAAUUUGAAAAAUGUCGAUUUACAAAAUAGAAUUUUCGAUGUGCAAUCGGGCAUUGAACAUUUGAAAAACGAACAAAAAUCUCACCUUUAUUACAUAGAUUCCGCACUUAAAGGAAUUACCAGCAACCUGAAAAGUGAAAUGAACACUUUGCAUGAACAGCAAUCUAAGGAAUUUACUCAAGUCGCAGAUCACAUCCAUGAGCAGAUAAAUCACUUCGAUGCAGCUUUGACCAAAUUGAAAUCAGAAGUUGAUAAUUUAGAAAUCUCCAGCAAUCAGGUACAGUCCAACCACACGGAAUGGUAUUCAAAUGUAACAAAGGAAUUAAAUGUGCUCAAUGAAAAGAUAAAAACCACGAAACAUGAUCACAAAACGCCUUAUUUGGAACACAAAUUGGAUUCAGUCAUGGACAAGUACACAGAACUUUCUGGAAGAGUUGACAAGUUGUCUGCUGAUUUAGAAAAACUUUCGCACAAAGUGCGGGAAAAUCUUUGGGUCACACCUACAUGAUUGUUUUGAUCAGUUAUGGAAAAAUGUAUUGGAUUAUUAGAAAACUUAGCAUAAAUACGAAAUGUGGUGGGCAGAUCAAUUUUAAAGAACAUUAAAUUUACAAAUAUUUUUAAAUUAGUCAGAGAGCUGUGUUUUGAUCUGCAGCUUGCAUCACUAUUAAUAUUUUAUGUGCCAUAUAUGUUGUAGUUUUUGUUUAUUAAAACAAUUACGCAAAUGCGUAUUAUAUCUGGUGAAUAAUAAAUGAAAUUUAUAAAAUA